CCUCAGGUGGAUGGGUCCGAUGGUCGGGGAGGUGGAAGGAGGUGGAGGGUCCUCUCCGUGACUUCGUUCCCUUGGGACUUUGACCAGAGGGUGACCACGGCGGGUGCUAUGGUGGCUUGAGGCCGGGUGCAGCAUGUCUAGACCAGGGGUCCUGGGCGGCGCUCGCUCCGGGCUUGGAUUGGUGCUCGGGGCCGCCGCAGGCCUUGGGCUCCUCUGCGCCUUCUACAUCCACCGGAGGAAACGGACCCAGGGCCAUGGCGGGAACUGGAACACGUCCAACUCCCUGGGCUACACCCGCACCCCGGAGCCUCACCGCCAGGUGAUGCUCUUGCGGGCAGCACCAGGGGAGGCUGGUGAUGCUAUGUCUAUUCCCAGCAUGCCAAGGGAGAAGCAAGAGGAGGUGUUGGAUCGCCUGGACUUUGUGUUGAGCAGCCUUACUGAACUUCGGCAUGAGGUGGAAGAACUGAGAAAUAGUCUUCGGGGUCUUGCUGGAGAGAUUGUGGGGGAGGUCAAGUCUCAAAUGGAAGAAAACCAAAGAGUGACUCGGAGGAGAAGGUUUCCAUUCAACAGGGAAAGAAGUGAUUCCACUGCAUCCAGCUCCAUCUACUUCACUGCAAACUCUGGAACAGCUCUUACAGAAGGAGAGAGUGAGGGAGGGUACACGACAGCCAAUGCAGAGUCGGAUUAUGACUGGGAGACAGAAAAGGAAAGUGAGGAGGAGGAAGACGACGAAGUGAGCUGUGAGACAGUGAAGACAGGACGGCGGGACUCCGAGGACGAGGAUUCCCCACAGCUGCCGGUGGACUCUGCAGGUGGAGAGGAUCUGGUCCUGCUGCUGCGGCAGGCAGAUGAGCUGCAUCAGGGCAACAAGCAGAACAAGCAGGAGGGCUUCCAGCGGCUCCUCAACAACAAACUAGUGUACGGAAGUCGACAAGAUUUUCUGUGGCGCCUGGCCCGGGCCUACAGUGACAUGUGUGAUCUCUCCGAGGGGACAAAUGAGAAAAAGUCGUACGCCCAGAGUGGAAAAGAAGAAGCAGAGGCCGCCCUGGAGAAAGGGGAUGACAGUGCUGAGUCUCACCAGUGGUAUGCGGUGCUGUGUGGUCAGCUGGCUGAGCAUGAAGGCAUUCAGAGGCGUAUCCAGAGUGGCUAUAUCUUCAAGGAUCAUGUGGACAGAGCUAUUGCCCUCCAGCCAGACAAUCCCAAGUCUCACUUCCUCCUUGGAAGGUGGUGCUACCAGGUAUCUCAUCUGACUUGGCUAGAGAAAAAGACUGCUGGAGCCCUGUUUGAGAGCCCUCCCAGUGCUACGGUCCAUGAUGCUCUCCAGAGCUUUCUGAAGGCAGAAGAACUGAGUCCUGGGUUUUCCAAAGCUGGAAGGGUCUACAUCUCCAAGUGCUACAGGGAGCUCGGGAAUAAUCCUGAAGCUGGCCAGUGGAUGAAGUUGGCCCUGGAGCUGCCUGAUGUCACCAAUGAGGAUGUUGCCUGCCACAAGGACCUGGAGGAGCUGAGAGUAGCAUUGGGAGAAUAAGCACAUUUCUUGGCAUUCAUCAGCUGAAGGGUGACACCACGUAGCGUAGCAGGGGAGAGUCCCCUCUUGUGCCUCCUGCUUGGACAAAAAUUCCUCCUUGGAGUGGAGGCCGAGCAACAUUGAGGCUGGGAGAGGAGCUGGCUGCCCCGAGUCCUGUUCAGAGCUGCCACCUCACCAUGUCUGUUUGCCUACUGCCCUGCCGUGGUUCACUUACCCCCAGUCUUCUCUUCGUACCCUGAAACCAAAAGAGGAAAGGCGUGAUGAUUUUUCAUCAGGUCGAGGCUUCUGGUUCUGUGUUGUUUUUUAAAUGAUGAAUUCUGUGGCUGAGGUUGUGGGGCAGAAGGAAUGAUCUGGGACUGUGAGCACAGGCCUAGUUAGGGCAGUGGCACUGAAGACCAAUCGCUAGCCAGGGCAGUGGGAAGAUGAUGGCACCCCUUUUUAGUUGAUGGAGAGAUAAAUGCACUUUAUAAGCCUUGGGAACAAAGUACGGAACUCUCUUUUCAUCCUUUUCAUUGACCCACCCCAACAUCAUUGUAAAUACCCCUAGGAUCCCGCCCUGCUUGGUCAGGGUGAAGAGGAAGGGGUAUGACAAAACGAGACAUUUCCCUCAUCUCACCCCUCAUGUGGGCUCAGGCUCUGGGCAGGAUCCGGCUUCCUCCCUGCCUGGGCCUUGGCACUUUUUCAAAAAGUGAGGCAGUGUCAUGGAUAGGGUACUAAUAAAGCUAAUGGUGUGGAUGGCUGCCUGGCCUGUAUUGUGGUACAAAAUUGAAAUAAAUCAACUUGAGUGGCAGUGAGAUCUA